GGACUGGUAUAUCUGCACCAUGAAAAUUUUUUAACAAAAUGUCGGAAACUUCAGAAGACGAGCAAGCGCAGUUGCAGACCAGUGACGAGGAAGAGCUUAGUGGAGAAGAGGAGGAGGGGGAAGACCAGAAUGAGGAGUCGGACAACGAAAAUGAUGUCAACGAAGUAGAUAGCGAGGACGAGGACGAGCCCGCAGCAAGUGGCUCCGAGUCGGACACUGCUGCACCAACUGAGGAUCAAAAGUUGACAUGGAAGGACCUUGGUCUGAACGACACGCUGUGCCAGGCAUGUGAUGAACUGAAAUGGAAGGCACCAUCCAAAAUCCAAAGAGAGGCGAUACCAGUGGCACUUCAAGGCAAGGAUGUGAUCGGCCUGGCCGAAACGGGCUCUGGCAAGACGGGAGCCUUUGCUCUGCCCAUUUUGCAUGCGCUACUGGAGAGCCCGCAGCGGUAUUUCGCGCUAGUGCUAACGCCCACACGUGAAUUGGCCUUCCAAAUAGGCGAACAGUUCGAGGCGCUUGGCAGCGGAAUUGGCAUUAAAUGCUGUGUGGUUGUGGGUGGCAUGGACAUGGUUGCACAGGGCCUGCAGCUAGCCAAGAAACCGCACAUAAUCAUUGCCACACCGGGCCGUCUGGUAGACCACUUGGAGAACAUGAAGGGCUUCAAUUUGAAGGCCAUCAAAUAUUUGGUCAUGGACGAGGCAGAUCGAAUUCUUAACAUGGAUUUUGAGGUGGAGCUCGACAAAAUACUAAAGGUAUUGCCACGUGAACGUCGCACAUUCCUGUUCAGUGCCACAAUGACCAAGAAAGUUAAGAAGCUUCAGAGGGCUUCAUUGAAAGAUCCCGUCAAAGUGGAGGUCUCUAACAAGUAUCAGACCGUAGAGCAGCUGCAGCAAUCGUACCUUUUCAUACCCGUCAAGUACAAGGAUGUAUAUCUAGUUCACAUACUCAACGAGCUGGCCGGCAAUAGCUUCAUGAUUUUCUGCAGCACCUGCAACAACACUGUGAAGACCGCCCUAAUGCUGCGAGCCCUGGGACUGGCCGCCAUUCCCCUGCAUGGGCAAAUGUCGCAGAACAAGCGUCUGGCGGCGCUCAACAAAUUCAAGGCCAAGAAUCGCUCCAUUCUAAUCUCCACAGACGUGGCUUCACGUGGCCUGGACAUUCCGCAUGUCGAUGUGGUCGUGAACUUUGACAUACCCACCCACAGCAAGGACUACAUUCAUCGAGUGGGGCGUACAGCUCGAGCGGGCCGCUCGGGCAAGGCCAUCACCAUUGUCAGCCAAUAUGAUAUCGAGCUGUAUCAGCGAAUCGAGCAUCUGCUGGGCAAACAGCUGCCGCUCUACAAGUGUGAGGAGGACGAGGUGAUGGCCCUGCAGGAGCGUGUGGCUGAGGCUCAGCGUACGGCGAAGCUGGAGCUGAAAGAUCUUGAGGACACCAAGGGCGGCAGGGGUCACAAGCGUGGGGGGGACAAUCACGAUGAUUCAGAGCACUUUGCGGGCGCGCGAAAGCGCAUGAAGCCAAUGGCCAAUGGGGGUGGGGGUAAGGGCAAGAAACCCUUUGCCAAGAAAAACUGGAACAAGGGAAAGCAGAAAAGAUAAUAAUACAGUAAUUUAUACAUAUUUAAGCCCCGUUUUAUUUAAUUGUCAUACAAUUCGGAAUACAAGAAAAUAAUCUAUUUGUA